AUGUCGAGCACUGCGCUCGCACUCGCAGCGCUCGUGGGCGUCGUACCCCUAACGCUCGUGGCGCUUCUGCUCCUGUGCUUCCGCCCCGGCAUCGACCGCCACAACACGCGCCGCGCCGCGCCGCACACGGCUUCGCACCAGACGUUUCUGCUCGCGCACGUGUUCGCUGGCAACGAGGAGUGCGGUCUCCUUGAACGGCGGCGAGCGACCAAUGAGCUCGUGCGGCUGUUUUACCGCUUUUGGGCGCCGAGACACCUCGCGCAGCCGACCGAUGCAAAGGCCGUUGUGGUUGUGCUGCACGGCGUGAACUCGCACAGCGCGCGCAACAACCAGUUCAUGAUUGAGGUCCUGCAGCACGGGUUUUUGGUGGCCGGGAUCGACCACGAGGGCAUGGGGCGCAGCGACGGCCGACACGGGUAUUUCUCGAGCUUCCACGCGCUCGUGGACGACGCAAUGGCGUUCGUUGAGCUCGUGAAGCGCAAGUACCCGGGCAAGAAGGUGUUUCUGCUUGGCGCAUCGCUGGGCGGCCUGAUUGUGCUGCAUGCACUGAGUAAAGGCGGGAUAGAGCUCGUGGAUGGCGCGGUGAUCCUGUGCCCGGCUACCGAGAUUCAUAAGGCGUCGCGGCCGUCGGCUGUCAUGGAAACCAUCGGCAGGCUGCUGCAUCGAUACGUGCCCAAAUUGCCGCUCGUGACGGCCAAUAGCGGCAAUAACAACUCGCCAGAAGUUGCAGCUCUUGUGAGCGCAGAUAAGCAUGCUGACCCACUGUAUUACCCCGGCAAGAUGCGCAUUGGCACGGGUCUAGCUCUCCUCGAAGGAAUUGCGAGUAUUCAGGACAAGCUAGAGCUCAUUGAGACGCCGUAUCUGCUGCAGCACGGUAUGGACGAUAAAGCUUGCAGUGUCACGGGGUCAGCGGCGCUUCAUUUACGGACGCGCAGUGUUGACAAGACGUUCAAGACGUACGAAGGCGCGCACCACGAUCUAGCCAGCGAGCCACCUCGCAUCCGCGAUGCUGUUGUGCGCGACUUUGUGGCUUGGCUGGAAGACCAUUGCAAGCCAUAG